AGCGCUUCGACUGUGUUUGCGGUGUGGGGCAACCGGGGUGAGCAACGAUAAACAAAAGGCUGCCAGUCUGCCGGAAAAGCAAAUGCCGGUCCAGGCUUUGAUAACUGGCUGGUAGUACCAUACUUUUUGCACCAAUACCAGUGGCGCAAAAGGGCUCCAGCCGACAAAAAAGCCACGGCUGGCCCUAUGUAACAAACACUCUAUUUCCACCCCAAAAGCAAAAAAAGAUGGCAGACGAGCAAGACCAGCAGCAGCGCGGCGUGCAGGCAUUCGAGCGCCUGGUCAAGGGCGACGACCAGACAGUGACACAUAGCACCUGCCGCAAGUGCGGUGGCAUGGGCCAUCUCACAUACGAGUGCAAGAACGACAUCAAGGUAAAGCCCCGGGCGUCGGCCGCAAAGAAAGACCCGUUCGCUGACGAAAAGGCCAAGCUGCGCGCCCGCAUUGCCGAGCUCGAGGACCGUGCGCGUAGUCGCGCCAGGCGCAGAGAAGAGGAGGAAAGGCGUCGCCACAGACACCGUAGCAGACGCCGCCGGUCGUCGUACAGCGACAGCAGGUCGUCGGGAAGCGAGAGCAGCAGUGCAUCGGAGUCUAGUGGCAGCGAGUCGUCGGACUACAGCAGGCGGAGAAGGCGCCAUAGAAACCGUCGGCAUCGUCGGCCUAGCCGUUCACGCAGCCCCGUCUCACGCAAGGCUGAUGAUUCGUCAAACGAGUCCUCCGAUGGCAGUGGCAGCAGCAGCAGAUCGCGCUCUCCUGUAUCCCCGAGACGGAAGAAUUGACAGCAACUAGUUUCCACAGACCACAAUCCAGUAGUAACAGGGAAGGUUUUCUGGCUGCGUGCCAAACCGCCAUUUCUAAAUACUAUUUCUGGAUAUACCCACACAAGCAUUGCGCCGAUAAAAUUAUACAAAUAGAUGC